AAUUGGCAAGCCAUUCUGCCUCUGUUCCUCCUGCUUGCUUAUCCCAUAUAAGCCCUACACCACCAGAGAUCAGAGCCUGACAUUCUGAGAAUGAUCCUAGUCAGUGUCCAUCGAAGUAAAUAAAUUUGCCUCCAAAUCCUGGGUGUUGUUGUGGUGUUUCAUUUGCUGUUGCACUCCAAGGCUUUUGACUAUAAAUCUAAUGGUUGUCUUUCUGGGGAACUGAUGAUGAUAGAUAUUUUCCUGUCAGCUUCACAGGCAUUCAUUUACCUUACAUUAGAUGUUUGUGCUUUGUACACAGAACAUUACAUUAUUCUAAUGUGAGGUUGUAACAUCACUUUGAGACCAGUGAGUAUCUACAGAAAAAAGAAUUGGAUAUGUUGAGUGUAGACAUCAUAAGAUCUUUAAAAAGAAAAGGUAUUAUAGAUUCUCAGAACAGAAACAAAAAAGGAUUUUGAAGCAUCCUACAGGUUUUACUUUCUACAAACCUAAGUGUCAACCUCUAUAACCCACAUUAGAAAUUUUGUAAGCUUUUACUUUUUGAUGAAAAACAGGAGGUCCUUGCAGCCAAGAGUGAGGAGGCCAAGGUAGAGGUGGCCGGCUGUGCCUGGGCCCAUCAGUCCUGUGACUGCACAGGGGCCAGUGUGAGGUCACAGCGCUUAGCUGUAUAUACAGCUGUGGCUUGGCUGGGGUUUUCAUCCCAGAGAUCUCUUGCGGGUGAUCUGGGAUUUGUGCGCGGAGUGUGGUUGGUGAUUGAUUUGGUGGUGUGGAGAGUAUAGAUUUUGUUUAUAGCGUGAUGUCCAGUGUGGGUGGUGAGUGUGGCGAGGGAACAUCAUGGCGGGUCCUCAAGACCGGGUCCCACAGAGGCAGCGUCAUGAAAGAUUACGCAGUGCUGCGCCCCCUCGGCCGGGGAGGCUUUGGCACCGUACUGCUGGCAGAACAUCGUGGCACAGGGAUGCUGGUGGCGGUAAAGGUUUUGGAGAAGAACAAACUGAAGCUGACCUCCACAACAUCAGAGGUCAAGAUCCUAAAGGACCUCCAGCAUCCCAACAUUGUCCAGCUAUUAGAAGUACUCGAAACUGAGCGUGAAUUACUCCUGGUCCUGGAGUACGUGAGGGGGAGAGACCUGUGGCGGUACAUCGCCAAGACUGGCAGGGGCAGGCUGCUGGAGGAGGAGGCGCGGGCGCUGUUCCGAGAGCUCGUGGAGGCCGUGCAGUACUGCCAUGACCUGGGGAUUGUGCACGGGGACCUCAAACCAGGAAACAUCUUAAUGGACACUGAGGGCCACCCCAAGCUCAGUGACUUCGGCUUGGGGUUCAGGUUCCAGCCCAGCCAGAAGGUGACCGCACCUGGGGGCACAUUAUACUACUGUGCCCCUGAGGUCUUCUUGAAAAAAAAACACCAAGGCCCACCAGUGGACGCUUGGUCUCUCGGAAUUACUUUAUAUGAGAUGGUAGCUGGGUACCGCCCAUUUCUUGGAAAGAAACAACAGGUGAUACAGAAGGCCCUGGGACGAAGAUACAUUUUCCCCGCCUUCUUCUCCACAGAGCUGAAAAGCUUAAUCUCAGAGCUCCUCACCCCCAACCCCAGCAUGCGCCCUACCUUAAGCCAGGUGUUGCAGCACGGGUGGCUCUGCGGUGCACCUUCCCCUAGUCGUCCCCUGAAGACACUCCCCAAGAGCACGAAGACCUUGAUCCUGAACAUCAUGGCUGGGAUGGGGUAUAACCCACUGAAAGUCAUCGAUGCUAUGAGGCAUAAGAAAUUCAACCAACAGAUGGUGACCUUCCUGCUGCUACAGGGGCAGGCACUCCGGGGGCUUGGCAUCAGAGUUCAAGUGAAGCCUCUGCAUCCAGCUGAAGACGUGGAUGCAAAGAAAGUGCCACCAUCCUCCCCAGAUCAGGACCCCUCCUCUCCGCUCCCAAAAAGGAGGGCCAGCGAGCCUGCUGCCUGCACGGGGCCCCUCUUCCCCGGGGUGAAGCUUCCAGGGCAGCAGGGUGACAGAGGCUCCCUGCCCCUCCUUCCCAUCUCCAGGAUCCCCGCUCGCAGUGUGUCCUGCCAGCCCAACCCUGUAUCUCCCAACCUACACUGCCCACUGAGCCCUGGGAUCCUCAGCAGAGCCUGCCAGCCCAGUCCUGGGGCCUCCCACUCCAGCUUGUGGGCCAAGGAAGCCCUGGCCCGCAGUGGGAGGCGGGGCUGGAAGGCGGUGAAGAGGAGGAUCACAGGCUGCCUGCAGGCCCUGUGCUGCUGCCCCCUGCCAUCCUGGGGCCGCCGCCUAUCCAAGGUGGCUCCAUUGUAAAAAGGACAGCAGAGACCCACAGGACAUUCAAGGAGGCCGAGCGGUCCAGUGCAGAUCCACCAUCCCUCCCCUGCACUUGGACGUCCGGCCAACGGGAUCCGCCGCGGGAGGAGGCCGCAGUGAGUCACCUGCAGCCCUUUGUCGGGGGAGCUGGAGGGGAGAGGGGGAGGCCCUGUCACCAGUGCACCCUGCGGGGGAAGCGGGUGCGCAGCCCGGGAAGGCU